AAUAACACCUGAGACUGCACCGUCGUCGUUAACACACGCACACACUCUCUCUUUCUCUCUCACUUGUAAUCAGCGUUGAUAAUGCCUAAGAGUUUAGGUCGCCAUACCCUUUAUUCAUUUGUGUACUCUGUGUGUGUGUGUUUUCAGUGUGAUUUGUCUGAUGCAAAGAUUAUAUAUAAUCGUUAUAGUAGUAGUUUGUGCUCAGAGGUGACGCCAGUUCUGCUGAAGUGUAAAUCGUUCACUCGUAUAUUCCAUUUUCCCAUCUCCACAGUGCCUGGCAAAUCUCUUUCAAGAGUAAUUAUCCGAAAAAAAAGUAAGACUUGCUUGGAUGCCGAUGUGGACGGACAUUGACAACGAUUUUUAGGGGUGUCGAACGAUUCUACCGCAAAGUGGAAACUGAAUAGUUGCACCCCCUGCGAGGGCUGCAAUCCUUUGAUCCAGGGGUAAAGAACCAACGCCUCUAUGGCCGCACGCGACCGCAUGGUUUGUGAUUGAUUUUGCUAAGCCGCCAACAUCUGACUGCACAGCGACGCUGGCUGGUGCGGGACUCUCGUCAGCUCAGCUCUUCCUUUAGACUUGUGUUCGCUGGUGGUUUUAGCAGCCUGCGCUGUCCGGGUGGUCUGUUGUGUACCCCUCAAUCACCAGCUUGAUGUUGGUGUAGUCAUGUGUUGAGCAAGUUCUUCGUCAGCUGCCUGACAGCACACGGGACGUGCACCGCGCUACCGAGGAGGAACUGUGACAGUGAAGGAAGUGUGGUAACCAGUUCUUUACAGCUCUUUGGAUUUCCGUGAUCUCCAGUGAACACCUGGGGAGUAUUACAAACAUCGUGCACGCCACGAGAAAGAAAAGGUUGCUCUAAUACCUCUUUCAUCGUUGGAACAUUUUUCACUUCAUUCUGUUCCCCCUCUCCCUGCAAAUAUAUAUAUGCAUCCUGACCAGGUCAAGGCAGGCGAGGACUUCAUCAAACCGGUUUCGGGUCUGUUGUAAAGUAUAUCCGAGGACGGACACUGCAUGCCAGAUCAUAACUGUUAAGUUAUGCAGUCACCAGGCAUCCCAACUCCCCCAUUCCGACUGUUCAGCUGCAUCGAACCUCCUUUGCACCCGAGACAUUGGGGGCCAAAAGUAUAGGAAAGAUUGAGAGGCGGAAGGUCACAAGAAUUGUGUGUGUGUGUGCUAUUGUGGGAUUUGCGCAUUCGAUAUAUACCUGCAGCCUUUUGCAGACUACCUUGGACUCCUCAUCGUUCUAGUUAUGCGAAGGAUGUGUGCUCGACUGUCGAGGGAUCGAUGCAGGGCGAAACUCAGGGCAGCUUCGCUUGCACUUACUUUUCUCGAGGAGACAGCGACCUGUGGAUGUUCUAGUACUUUCAGCUGUGGCUUGCCAUCGAAUGGGCUGUUUUCGAGAUAGGUGAUUCCCCAUAUGUGUUAAAAACAUGCUUCGACACUUAAGGAGCAGAUGCGAUGAACAGACUUGAUAACACUUUUAACGUCACUUCAGCAACGUGUGAGUUAAUAGUAACUUCUUCAGAUUGUAAGCGAAGUGCGCGUGCUAAGAGAAGGUUCUCGUUUCACACCUUAUUAGCGACGCAGUUUGGAAGUUGUUGAGACGUAUUAACAUGAUCCAUCUGUGCUUGGGAUUGAAGAAGGUGUUGGAGUAACUCUCACCUGGCUUGAAGGGAGACAUCAAGGGUUUUCAUAUCCGAAGUCUGCAAUCUUCUCCAGUGCUGGAGAAGGCUUUGCCAUCGAGACUGAGAAGUGCGCGUCCCCUUCAGGAUGGGCUGCGUUCAGAGCGUGCCGUAUGUACCAGACGGUGCACCCGUGGAAACCAUCUCUUUCCGACGACAGUCUGGCAGGAACAAGCGUUCGGUCAGCAAAAAACUCCGCAGCAAGCACAGUGACGCCGAGGCCUCCGUUCCCCCCUCGGCUCCUGCUGCCACCGUCAACAGUAACAACACCGAAGCGGGGAUGCUAGACAGCGAUCACAAGACCGUCAACGAAAGCCACGCCUCCCAUGAGGGCACACCGAGAGCCCACAUCUUCAAGCGCAGGUUCAAGCAGGGCAACGUGCUGAGCCUGUCCGUAGACAGUCUCGACCCCGUGGAGAUGGAAGUGCGCGAGAAGAAGCUGCUGCAGCGGAAGGGCUUAUUCCCGGCCUGGAAGAAGUACGAGCGCUGUACCUUCUGCGUCAAGGUGGCGGCUGAGCAGCCGGUCGAGGAGCCGCCCAGUGUGGAUGAGAAGAGCUUCGUCAAGAUCAAUCAGCAGGACCCCUGGAAUCCCGCCCUGUGCCGCCAGUGCUCCAACUCCUUCCUGUCCAACAUCCAGAACAACCUGCGUGUGCCGCACUGCCACCAUGGCGUCAGCAUGGCCAUCGCCAACCUCCUGGCCGUGACCGCAUUGGACCUCACUGCACCAGCCAGUGAUGCAUUGCUUAAAAAUCGCAAAAAUGCCUGGAUACAGCUGGCUGGACAUCCAGGGUCAUUUGCACCAGCAGGGCCUAAUACUAUUUGGAAGAAAAGAAUGGAGAAAGAGAACUAUGAGACAAAAACCUACCAGGCUCUUAUGGAGGAGCAACUGCGAGACAUGGUGCCAAAAUUCCAUCGGGAAGUGGAGUACAAUGGAGAAUAUUUUAUUGAAAUGGAAGAUCUCCUGCAGCAUUUCUCUGACCCAAACAUCAUGGACAUUAAGAUGGGUAAGAGAACAUUCUUGGAACUGGAAGUCAAGAACCCUGUUUUGCGGAAAGACCUGUAUGAGAAAAUGGUCACCAUUGACCCCAAUGCCCCAACAGAGGAAGAGAGGCAACAGGAGGCCAUCACAAAACUUCGCUAUAUGCAGUUUCGGGAACAAGAAAGUUCAACGGCUGAUUUAGGUUUCAGAAUAGAAGCUAUCAGGAUGUCCGGUGAACCACCGAACACUAACCUCAAGAAGACAAAGACAAGAGAUCAGGUUGCACAGGUCGUAAUGAAGUUCUUCAAGGGCCGAAGAGAGAAGCUUGCUUCUUUAUUAACACGCCUCAAAGAAAUCAGGGAAAAGUUUGAAAACUCAAAAUUUUUCAAGGACCACGAGAUAAUUGGCAGCUCUCUGCUCAUAAUGUAUGACCAUGACAAGACAAGUGCAUGGAUGAUCGACUUUGCUAAGACCAUUCCUGUUGACAACGGGCUCAAGUUGGACCAUAGGUCACCAUGGAGGAUAGGUAACCAUGAAGAUGGCUAUUUGGGAGGUCUGGAUAACUUGAUAAUGAUCGUGCAGGGUGUUGUUGAUGGAAAGCAGCCAGUGAUUUUAGAAGAUAUACCAAAGGAAGAAAGCUGAUAGACUCACCUCUAUGAUCACCACUGUGAUUGGUCAUCUCCACUGCCCCGUGUUUGUGGCAUGCAAGAAAGAAAUGUUUUGUGCCUUUCCUCUGGAUGGUGAAGCAGAUGGCACAGUUACACUGAAUGGCACAGCUUUAUUUAAGUUACCUCUUCUUCAGCAUGCUGGCUAUACUCCAUCAUGCACAUUAGCCUGGCUCACUGGCAUGUAUGCAAACAAGCCUUUACACUCAGUAGAGAGGCUAGCAUGAAGCUGCCACACAUUCACUACUGCACAAGUUUGCAUCAGUGGAAGUAAGGGAAUCCAGUUUCUGAAGUGGCUCCAGUACCAAAACUUGGAACAUAUUGUUUUCUAAAAUGUUCUUUAAAACUGGUUUAAAGUUGCUCAUCUUGGAUCAAACUUUGGAGACAAAGGUGCAGUAAUUAACAGUGCAGAGUCAUGGUUUGAAUUCAAGACAUGCUGGUAAAAGGAUUGGCAUGUGCAAUGUGGUUUUAAUAAGAAAGUGAAUUCAUGGAAUGUAUAUAGCUUUUUGACAUUGUGUGUUUUGACAGACUUAAGUGUGAACAAAGCAGCAAAACUUUGCAGAAAGCUUUCUAAGAUAUUGGGAUACCUCGAAUGCUUUUGCUUCAGUUCAGAUUCUGUGAAUGUUAGCAUACUGGAAAUAACAUAAGUGCAGUCUUGGUACUAUUCCUUCUGAUUUGCUAGGACUAUUGUUUAAUUUGACUGGAUCAUGUUGUGGAAGCGUGGCAGCUUUUUUUUUUCUCUCUUUGAAGACAGUUUUGUCAUGUUUUUUUACAUAUUUAAAAAAUCUCAUCCACUCGAUGGCUGAACAAGAAACUUGGAACUUUAAAGAGUUAAAUUAUAAAGUACACAUUUGAAUGAUCGAUGCAGCUUUUGAUCCCACAAAUAUUUGGAAAAAAAAAAUCAAAAGUUUACGAAGUAUUAUCUGAAAAAUUUAAGCUUUCAAAACAGCUUUCCUCAAUAAAGUAAUUUGAUUGUGGUUGAAUAUCUUAGGGCCUUAUGGAAAGAAACUAAGUGCAUUUGUUUUAAAACAAUGAUCUCCAUCAUAAAUAAUCCACAUUUAACUUAAAAUUGUUUAAGUCUGUGGAUGGUAUGUAACAUACAUGGAGAGGGAGAGUUGAAGGGACAAAUUGAAGUUGGAAAUAAAGUUGCACCCUCACUGAUGAUGCGGCAUCAUUGCUCAGCUGGAUUUAGUGGAGAUUAAUUUCCUCACGCAAAUCUUUUAAAAAAUGUUUACCAACAUGAACUGGCAGAAUUAUGUACAGCAUACUUUGUAUAAACAUCUGUAGCCAGUAAAGAAAUUAAAUCUGCCAGAUGGCAUUCAGUAACCAUUAUAGUAAAACUUUAUUCUUUUGACAAGAUGGAAUUGUUGAAAAUUGUAACUAAAAUUACAGUUGUACGUGUUGGAUGCUUGUAUCACACUUUAUAGACAUAGUUAAACAGAAAAAUAGUUGAAGAAUACACCUUUUAACAACAGCCUCGGGAAUGUGGUGUAAAUUUUUGUGUUGGAUUUUUUUUAUAUAUUGCUGUAUUGAUAUCAAAUUGAAGACUCGUGAUACCCACAUUCUUUCUUCCGUGUUUGCAGAUACAUGUAAAUGGCAUACAAAAUUUGUAUAGUGGAGUUAGGUAAUCACUAUGCAAAACAUGAAAGAUGCUAUUUUUAGUACCAAGCUUCUCGUCUGACCAUGUGUCAAUAUCUUUGUCAGUAAUGCUGUCAGCAGUGUUGUUAUAUUUGAUUUUCAGAAAAAAGACAAUCUCUCUGGUCAUUACCUACCCAUCUAACACUGAAUCUGGAGAUUUGACUGUGUAAUAAUGAUCCGUAUUGCAUCAGCUAGCAGUUAUCAAAAGUCACACCUCAGCUUUAAUCAAUAGCUAGAGCCAGGAUGUUAAUGUAAAAGCUGAAAAAAUAGUGCAGUACUUAAAAUUAUAGCGCUGUAUUAAAAACAGCUUUUACUUGUAACAUGCCUAAGAUAACUAUCAUCUCCACAUGGGUAUGAUGUGUGUGGAAGGGUUGGCAAAUGGAUGAAUGGACAGAGUACACACAUUUUUGUUAUAAUUAUGGUUGUGAUGUGUGAAUUCUUCUUAAGAAAUUAAUUUUAUUGAGUGAAGGAAUAUGAUGCUGCCAAGAUUGCACAUGGCAGUAAAAAAUCUCAGAAUUUUGAAGAGAAAUUGUGUAGAAUCAAGAGAGAUUCAUUUUGUACCAAAUGCAAAGACAUAGUUUCACAUCAUUUUGUAAUCACAGUAUUGACCAUGUAUUUGUUUCUUAGAAUUUUUAAAAGUCUGUUUUUUCCAGAUUUAGUGCAUCUCAGGAUUGCCAAGGAGGAGGAAUGGAAUAAGUAUUAGUAAUGUUUUGAUUAUUAAGUGUGUGAAACAUAUUUUAUAAAAAGGGCAUCUUACUGCCCACCUUACUACUUUCAGUAUCCAUGAUUAUUGGUUGAUUAUGGAGAUAAGGAGAAUAAAUAUCAUGUAAGCAUUUUGUCAGCAAGUCCUAUGUAAGCCUUACAGAUUUUUCUACUUAUCUCAACAGAUUUUUUUGUUUUUUGUGUUAUUUUUGGUGGAACAAGGGGUCAAGUUUUGAGGUGUUUUACAUCAGUGGCCUUAGGUUAUUGUACCUUUUGAAAUGAAAGUGGCUUGAAAAGUGGUUUUUUUUCCUUAGUAUUUUUGGCUUUAGGACUUGUUGAUAUUGUCAAAAUGCUUAAUUAGAACAAUCCUUUUAUGUGCUUCUGACUAUGGUCUUGUUUCAUCGCUGUUUUUACUGCGCAGCAGUAGGUGAGGAAAGAAACCAUGAAAUCAUGACAGCACUGGUUUCAUUUGUUAUUUUAUGGUUUUCUUUUAAAUGUGUUUUUAAUGUGAUUUAGGAAAGUCACUAAAAGAAUAGUCAUUAACAAUCAUAGGAAAAAAGUUCAAACGAGGCAUUUGUGCUUCAUUAGUUAUUCUUUACUGAAAACUUAGACAUGCAUGCUUCUCUGUCACCUAACCAGUUUAUAAGGUAUUGAAGUCAUUUCAUUACUUUAUUGUUUUGUUAUUGGUCUUAACAAGUGUACCAAACUUUUAGUAGGAGGGAGUCCCAAUCUGGCAAGGUUUUAUUUUCUAAUGGUUAAUGCAGAGUCAUUGGAGAUGGUAAUAAGCUUAAAACUAGCUCAAAGCUGUAAAUGGAACAACUCGCCUACCCACAUGGAACAUGAUUUGUCAGGGAAGAUAAAAGGGGGUGGUAGGAAAGGGUUAGGGUUUUUCAUAUCAGAGUGGAGGAGAGGAAUGUGGUGGUAAACCACUGAGAGUUUACUAACCCUUUCUCCACUAAGAUUAAGAUCUUCACUUAGAACCAAAGAUUGUCGUGGCCAGUGUUGAAUGCCCAGUAUGUGGCAGAAUUAUGAUUUACUCUCGGCUUACAAAGUGCAAUAUGUUGAGAAAUCGCCAUUAAAAAAACUAAAGGGAAAGAACACAUCUAAAUAGAAGGUUUGUUUAAUGAGCCCAUUGUGCAUGUUCAUUUUAGCAUCAUUGCUCUGUAACCUUGCAUUAUUGCAUCAGAAAAUUGCUCUGCCUUGAUGGUUGGUAACAGUGUGUUUGCUUUAUUCUUACAAGAAAAAAAAAACAGGUUGUGCUUGUUUUUAAUUUCUUUGUUGCCAGAUGUCAGGUUUUCACAUUCAGCAGUCUCAUCUUUCUAGCUCGAUGCUUAUCAGGAGAAAAAUUAGAAUGUACAGAAAUAGACUUAAAAUGUACCACACCCUUUAAGUUUCAGUUUUAUGCAACUUUCAUGAGUUGUGGAUAAGAAAGCUGCAAGAGGCCAGCUAGGAAACUUUAUGGCACUGCAAGAUAGUGCUGUCUGUGCAUACACUUAGCUUUAAGCUUCUAGUCUUGAAUGUUUAAUGAUUCCACAUUCCACAUCUGUCAGAUCUUGUCAGAUGCACACUUCAUGUUCAUUGUAAACCUGUUCUUUAUAUUCAGCUCACUUUUUCAUUGAUUUCAGGGAAAAAAGAGCACCCCUGCUGUACUUUUUCUAUGACUUUGAUGGCUUGAAAAAUACUCUUUCAAUGCAAUGAAAAACUCAGAUUUUAGUCAGGCACUUUCAUAGUGCUUAGACUCAUUCCGUCAUGCAGUUUCAUUUGUACUAGUGCCCUAUUUUUGUAUGCAAAUAAAACUAGGCCAAUGUCUCAAAAUGUAAGUAACAAUUUUUCUGUAGUGUAUGUUAUGUGUGGCACAUUUUUCAUGUAAACUGUGAAUUGCAAUGAGUUUAUUACGUGAAAUGUUUGUCCGUACUGUGAGUUUACUUUUUGUUGUUUUUGGAAGCGUUUAUGUUUGGGAUAAAAGGAAUGUUAGGAGAGAAAGAAAAGCAAUGUGAUUUCUAACUCCCAAAUGUAUUGAUAAUAAGCAGAGGGUGGAUUAUGUUUGUGUGCUGUGUAUGCAUGAGUUAAGAAGUAGAGAGAUUUUGUGUGAGAGUAAGGAGACACUCUAAAGUGUGACUGUUAGCUGUUGAAAGGUGGGUCCAGGAACAUAAAUAGCGGAUAUCUGUGUUCAUAGCUUGCACACCUCAAGUGCACACCUUUUGUAGACUUAAGCGCGAGUAUAUGCCAGUGACGUCAGAAGUGGUGAGGCCAUAGGUGAGGCGACAUCUGUCCCUGGGAGGGUGGGGGAGGGAAAAAAUAGGCCCUGUGUUAGCUGAUCCGAUUCAGUAGAUGGUAGACCAGUUGUAGGUACACAAGGAUAUUGAAAAAAGCCUGGUUGUGACCUCAGCGGCUUUUCAUAAAGAACUACAGGAGCAUUAUGUUACGACCUAGAUAAAUUCAUACCUGCUCUGGUGUGUUUGCCUUUCACCUUUAUAGAGCAGAGAUGAAAACCGAGGGAGGGUGGACUUUACCUGCUUAGUGCAGACGCACGGUUCCCUAAAGAUCGCGCUGCCCUCCUCUCAAGCCAAGGGGUUGGGGGUGGUGGGGGGGAACAUCAAGCGAAGUGCAAGUCUGAACAAAGUCUUGUCCGUAGUGGUUCCUGUGAGGGACAUUAACCAAGCUUUGGCAGGGUAAUUUUGAGUUCUCGGUUUCCACCUCAGGUUUGUAAUUGAAGAAGCUCACGCAUAUAGUUUGCUGCUUAGCUGCACCAAAGCAAAUGUUUUUAUAACGUGUUUUUUGCAGCUUUUUGUUUACAUUUAUAUGUGAAAAGUUGAUUGUGUCAGACAUUAUCAAAUCAUUUCAAUUAAAUGUAUUUGCAUACUUA